AUGUCAGAAUCACUCUCUAAUUUAGCUACUAAUUUAGCCGAAGAUAAAACAAGAUUCCGUGAAAUUAACCAUCAUUUUCCUUUAGAAAACAUUGAUUUAGUUAUUCGGAAAGGUGUAUUUCCAUAUGAGUAUGUAGACUGCAACUCAAAACUUAAAGAUACCUCAUUACCACCUAGAAUUAAAUUUUAUAAUUCGUUAACAGAUGAUCAUAUUUCAAAAAAAGAUUACAUGCAUGCAUACGCCUCUUAUUAUUUGACAGCACCUGGUUUUGCGUUUGACGCAAUGUUAAGUUUUACUGGAGUUAAACUUGAGAGAUUAACAGAUUAUUUGAUGUUACUCAUAAUGGAGAAUGGAAUAAGAGGGGGGGUAUGCCAAUCUGUAAGACGCUAUGCCAGAGCUAAUCUACCAGAUGUUGAUGGGAUUAAUUAUAACAAAAAAAAACCACACAUUUAUUUGGCAUAUUUUGAUUGUGUAAAUUUAUACGGCAAAUCAAUGCUUGCAAAUUUACCAUACAAAAAUUUUGAAUGGUAUAAUGAUUUGACAUUAGACGUUACUACUAUAGAUGACGAUGCACCUAUUGGUUAUAUACUGGAAGUGGAUGUGGAUUACCCCGAAAAAUUACAUGAUAUUCAUAGCGAUUUACUUUUUUUGCCACACAAUAGUUGUCCACCUAAUUCUAAGAUUAUUAAACUGCUGACAACUUUAAAUAAUAAAUCAAAUUAUGUCGUUCAUUAUAGAUUGUUAAAGCAGGCAAUUCACAACGGAUUAAAAGUUGUAAAAGUUCAUAAAAUAAUUAAGUUUGAUCAAUCAAAAUGGUUAGCCCCUUAUGUUGAUAAAUGCACUAGUAUGAGGGUCUUGGCAAAAAACAAGUUUGAAUAUGAAUUUUGGAAAUUACUCGUGAAUAGUGUCUAUGGGAAAUGUAUGGAGAAUCCGCGUAAAAGAUUGGAUAUAAAGUUGGUAUCAGAUGAUCGAAAAGCUCAUAGGCUAAUGAGAAAACCUAAUUUCAUAGAUAGAACUAUAUAUAGCAAUGAGUUAAUGUCUUUACAUUUUCAAAAAGAAAAGAUUAAAUUUGAUAAACCAAUCUACGUGGGAUUUUCUAUUUUAGAUAUAUCGAAAACCUAUAUUUAUAAUUUCCAUUAUGACGUAAUGAAAAAUAAAUACGGAAAAAAAAUAUCACUAUUAUACACUGAUACCGAUUCAUUAAUAUAUCGUAUUAAAACAAAUAAUUAUUUUAAUGAUUUAAAAUUUGAUUUAUUGAGUCAUUUUGAUACUUCUAAUUUUCCAAUUAGUCACUUUUGUUACAGUGAUAAACAUAAGAACACCCCAGGAUAUUUUAAAGACGAAUUGAAGAGUGAAAUUAUGACGCAAUUUGUAACGCUAAGACCCAAAUUAUAUGCUUAUACAAUAUUUUAUCAAAGUUCAGUAUACAAAAUUCCUCACAUUUGGAUGCACAAAAUGGUGAAUCUAGUCAAAUUAAUGCAUACUGUGAUAUUAACUCAAUACAGGCAACAAAACAUAAUGUUUAUUCCAAAACAACCAGAAAAAUAGUAUUGAGUGCAAAUGACGAUAAACGUGUCAUAUUAAAAGGUGGUAUUUGCACUUUACCAUACGGACAUUAUAAAUUAAACUAAUCAAAAAUAAUUAUGAAUAUGUUUUAUUACAAACGUAUUUUAUAAAUAGUAAAUCAUUUAACUAAUUAGCUAUUCGACAAAUCGUUAUCGAUGAUAAAAU